AAAUGGCGCCCAACGUGGGGCUAGCAAAACGGCUAGCAAAACAUCUAGCUAAGCAACAAACAAAACACCAAAUCGCAGCCCCUGCUCUUACGAGCUGUCCUCCAACCUAUCCUAACAGUCAGCCUUCCAAACAAGUUUCUUUAGUUUCAGAAAACCCUUCUUUUUGAUUCCACUAGGACUGCUGUGUUUUGGGAAAUCCUCAGAACCAGACCAGGGAACAAAUUAAGGAUUAGGAAAGAUGUUUCUCUUGAAAUAUCCUUUUGUUUAUAUAUGUAUCUAAGGAACAAGAAGUCGAGACUGUAUUGGCUGGAAUGUUUCAGCAAUAACUCCUUCUUAGCCUUUGAUCAACUCAUCAAACCAUAAAUAUUCAUAAAUUCGAGAAUUGUAAUUGUUGGAAAAUUCAGCAAUACCUCAUUUUUGAAUAUUUUGGCUUCAAUUUUGGCCUCUAUUAUUGUCAAAAGUUGCCUAAAAGAAAUUGAGAUUUAUAUUGGUUGGAGUAUUUCAGCAGUAUACUCUUUCAUUUAGCGCAAUGAACACAUCAGUUUGUUUUAGAUUCAAUACAGAUAUGAAAAUACAGACAGAAACCCUUGUAAUAUAUUAAAUGAAAUCGAUACAGCAAAGGAUAAGACCCAAGAUAUCCCAUAAAAAUUCAGGUUUCCGAAAUUAAAUUGUGGAAAUAAUAGACUUUAUAUCUAUCAAAUUUCGUUAUAUUUUGUUGUUGUUGUUGUAUAUCGAAAACGAAACAAUGUCAGUUCGGCGUAGUCCCGAAAAUAGUUCAAGAUUGGCCAUUGAGUCGGUGCAAUGCUCCAUAUGCAAUGAUACCAACGCCGAGAUAGACUUUGUCGAAACCCCCUGUCAACACCGCUUUCAUCGAACGUGCGUAACUUCCUGGUUACUGCAAAAUGAAACGUGUCCAAAUUGUCGACAACCAUGCUUAUCGUCGCAGCUCAAUGAUAGCACGCGAAGAGCGCAAGACACUACCCUAGAAGUUCCGAGAGUUCAAAACGGAUCCAAUCCAAACUCACGAACAGGCGCCGUUCCUAGAAGUCGUCCGAAUACCAGACCGACAACAAGGUCAACCUCAACCGUAUCCAAUAAUCGUCCGAGCACCGCCUCACAAGCGCAGCGUUCACCACGUGCUGGAGGUUCGCAGAGAACGACUAGCAUUUCAGAAGAGGAGAUUUUUGUAUGUUUUGGAACCCCGGAGGUUUUGGUUAGCGAUAAUGGCACUCAGUUUAAAAGCCAGGACUUCGCAGCCUUUACAUCCAAGCAUGGAAUCCAACAUAAUUUCACUGGUGCUUACUCUCCGCAAUCCAACGCGGCGGAGCGCGUCAACCGUAAAAAGAGAAAUUUCGUUCUAAGCAACCAGGCUAAGCAUAUCAACGCAAAAUUGUCACCGGUGGGAAUCAAGGCCAGAGUAAAGGAGAAGAGAGGGCAGUCGUUAUAUCUGCUCGAAGACAUCAAUGGAAAGGAGUUAGGAGUUUUCAUGCAAAAGACCUUUGGUGAAGUACCCUUUUUCAGCUUUCAUCUCCUUUUAUUAUCAGGUCGAUAAAACCUGUGGUGUGAGGGUACGAAUAUGAUUUUUAUGAAAAAUAAACAGAAAAGUUAAACUCUAAAGGUAAACAAACCAUAGUCGAUAGUUAGUAGUCGAAUAAAAAUAAGUCGAUAACAGAUCGCUGUUACAGCCCUUUAAAGCUGUUAAGGCAAACAAUCCGGCAACCCCAUCCAUCUGGCAAUUUUGACAACUGAAUUUCCGCUUGCUUGGCUGGUUCUUUUGCAAUCAAAACGCCAAAGUUAGAAGUUGUCUACAACCAAAAGAAAUAGUGAAUAUCGCCAACGUGGAAACUGGGAUAGUACCGAACACGGUACACCAGGAGACUGAGAUCAGAAGCCGAACGUUGGCUGUGGAUGAGCCCAGCCGUUCGCCGCUGCACGUGUGUUGUGGUUGUGGCGAAAAAGACUCCAGGAAGUGUUAGGAAACCCCCCCGAUCGUUUACGUAGCGCUCGCCAAAAGCCUACGUCAAGCCACCGAUCGAGUUUCGACCCAGAGGUCUACGGCGGAGACACCGCGUGGAUCAUCGGCCAGGGAUCCAGGAAAAGCUUUCCUCGAUCAGCCCCUAAACGUGCGCGAACCCGGUCCAGACUCGAACCGCGAUCGGCGAGGUCUGUGACCGGCGACGUGUGCGUGAUUGGGGCCGCAGAAGAUCAGGAGCGGCUGGAACCUGGCCAACCCAGGAGCGUGGAGGACAUAACCUCACUUUCCGGCGCAGAACCGCAUGUUCGUUUGAGCCGACCGCAUUUAACCUGAUGGGCUAGCCGACGAUCGCUGAGGCAGACAUCUCGUCCAUAGUGACGAUUCAACGAGAACAACAACAACCAGGAGAGAGGCGCGACAAGCUGUGCCAGGAUUAGUGUAUUAUUGAGUAGAAUUUAAUUUUCAUUAUUUUUGUUUUGUAAGUCAUUUUGGAUCGUACAUAGACUCAUCUUUUGUUUUCUGUAGAGCAUUGAUAAGAGGCACAUGUACAUCAAAACUCCAUAAUAUAAUUCGCAUUUAACCUGAUCACCCCAAAACAUCCAGCGUUCUCGUCUACAGGCCUGCGGACUUCGAGGGAUGGUUUCGUGAGUAAACAUUGUCAUGUAACAAACUUGAUCAUGUAACAGUGCCUCUAGAGGAAAACAUAUGAAUAGUCAGUCCAUAUCAAAAUGAUUGGGUAGACGUUAUAACUUAACUCCUACUUCACAUUCAUACAUAUAAUUCUUUAUCCACACAUUUUUACAUUAUAUUCCAAUUUGUUAAUUAAGCUAGAGUAAACUCAUUUUAUAGGAUUAGGACCAAUUAGGAGUAAGGGUUUAGGUUAAGCAUGAGUCUGAAGAAGAAGCUAUUAUGAUUUUGUAUUGAAGUUUGAUUUUGAAAUGAAGUAAAAUUAUAGUUUAAUGGGCACCUGAGCUGAUCGAUUUCAAUAUGGGUAAGGGCAGCAGCAAUUCGGUGUUGUUUCUUUACAGGUAGGGCGGGCAAAGCAGAAGAACCUCACCACCUUAGUUCUUCAAACAGCAUGGUUUCCUGUCUCGACUUCAUAUCCUUCCAGAGGACUGUAUCCCCUUUCCUAACUCUGCCUACAAAUUUUUAUUGUGUGGCGGUGAUGCUGAUUAGGAAGUAACCGACCCCCUUGCCUCUUCACUGAGCUAGGCCGUUCCCGUAGGCAGAGUAUGCAACCAGUCGGUAUCCACUACACCGUGUUCGUCACA